CGCAGGCGCACUGGGGCGGCCGCGGGGUGUGCCGGGCCCGCUGUUGUUCGGCGCUUCGCUGUUCGCGCCUGCGGGUUGCUAGGCGUCGGGACGCUAGUCGGAUGCCCACGGGCUAUGGAGCAGCUAAAGAGAAAAACCAAAGAUGACACUUGGAAAGCAGACGACCUGAGAAGACACCUUUGGAACACACCAUCAGGUGGUCCCAUAGAGGAGAAGCACAGGGAAUGGAAGCUGUCCAAGGAGUCAGGAGCGGACUCCCCCGAGUGCAGAGAGCACAAGCCCCAGGAGAGGACGGCUGGACAGGAAGGCCAUGGUGCCAAGGAGCAGGCUCGUGGCGAGCGGCACAGGGACAAGCAACGGGAGAGGAGAAAGGACACCUGCGAGUGGGACAGAGAGAAGCUGAGAGAGAAGUCCCGGGAGCAGCACGCAGAAAAGCCCCGGAGCCGAGGAAAAGACAGGGACAGAAGCAAGGAGCCCCGGGCCCAGAGGGCGGAGCUCCGGCAGACGGCUGCCCCCCACAGCCUGCGGGGCCCGCAGCUCCUGGAGAGAGCGGAGCACAGGGUGCGGUCAGUUAGUAAAGUACGAACUGAAGAGAAUGAGAACGUAGAGGAAGACCCCAAAAGAGGAGACAGAGAGAGAGAAUGGAGAUACCGGGAGAGGAAGACAGGGGGAGGGUCUUCAGGGCCGGGACCAUGGGGCGUGCAGGGUCAGGCGCACACCGAGCAUGGCGUGUCAGCUGCUAGUGCUGUUCACGGCCGUGGCCUAGUGGGUGCUGGAGUGCUCCUCGCCUACACCCUGUGCGGCCCACACCCUGCGCCCUCUGUGGUGGUCGGCCUGUUUGGUUAA